GGUGACGUCACGUCGCCCGGACGCCUUUUCUCCCCUUGCUCUCUGAGGCCUGUGCUCUUCUUUGAUGCUUCGGCUGCUGGAGAGAAACAUGAAGCUGCUCUUUGCUGCUGCCCUCAUUGCGGGUUCGGUCAUCUUCCUGCUCUUCCCCGGAGCCUCCGAGGCUGACGAGAAGAAGAAGGGUCCCAAGGUCACCGUAAAGGUUUUCUUUGAUGUUAACAUCGGAGAUGAUGAAGUUGGACGUAUAGUGAUUGGACUUUUCGGCAAAACUGUUCCCAAGACAGUGGAUAACUUUGUUGCACUUGCAACUGGAGAGAAAGGGUUUGGUUAUAAGGACAGCAAGUUCCACCGUGUGAUCAAAGACUUCAUGAUUCAGGGAGGCGAUUUCACAAGUGGAGAUGGUACCGGAGGAAAGAGCAUUUAUGGAGAUAGAUUCCCCGAUGAAAACUUUAAGCUGAAGCACUACGGUCCAUACUGGGUGAGCAUGGCCAAUGCCGGAAAGGACACAAAUGGUUCCCAGUUUUUCAUCACAACUGUUAAGACUACUUGGCUGGAUGGAAGACAUGUGGUAUUUGGUAAAAUCCUGGAAGGAGAGGAUGUAAUAAGAAAGAUUGAAGCCACCAAGACAGAUUCACGAGACAAGCCUCUUAAAGAUGUGGUUAUAGUAAACUGUGGAAAGAUUGAAGUGGAGAAGCCUUUUGGAAUUGCCAAAGAGUAAACCAAUAACGGCUCCAGCUCUGCACCAGAAAUUGUUCUAUCACUGGAUCAGUUGGAGCUUGAAGAUACAUUUAACCAGUUGCCUUUGUUCUGUGACAGGCGGAAAGCUCUUUGCCAUCUAUACAGGGACGUCUGUGUAGCUCAGAACUGAUCUAACAGUGACCAAAACAAAAUGCCGCCAAACCAUGUUGGCACAGCCAGUAUACUGACUUGCACAUUCCAUCCGUUUAAUGUGUCCAAAUUGGUUGGGGAAGACAUGAAAUGUGUACAAUUCCUUGAAAUAAACUGGUUUCUACAAAA